CUAAUCUCUACGAACAAUAAUAUCAUCGGAUCUUCGACUUUGUGUUACAAUUAAAAACUCUAAUCUCUACGAACAAUAAUAUCAUCAGAUCUUCGACUUUGUGUUACGAUUCCAUCAUCUUCGAGAUAUACGUCGAAACUCGAGACUCAAAGGUGAAAAACAAGGGAGGGUGGACAACGCGGUUCAUUUCGUUCGCGACUUCAGGUUCCUCGAUAUAAUUCUAACCAUCGUAAUAGCUCGAUGCAGUGGUGAAAACGGAUCAAUCAGGCUGCUGGCACAGCCUUGCACCGUGAUGUCCUGUUUGACCGCCCUCGAUUCGCAGAUCGUCACCCUACUGUCCGUUCCCCACGAGAUCCUCUUCCUCCAGCACAAGGUGUUUCGAGAGUAUGCCAAGAUAGCGGUCGGCCCCGAUUUCAUCCACACCUUGCCGUCCCUCCUCAUCCUCGUUUCGAUGGCCAUCGUUCUCUGGAGGUGUCCACCCUCCUACAACGGCCUCGCCCAAAUAACGGGCUCCGUCAUGUACAAGAGCCUUCAGCUGUUGGUCAGCUGGGUCGUCGUUAUCGCGAUUCUCUGGUUCUGGCUCAUGUGGCAGAGGCUCAUCUAUUGCUGCGUCUGGACCUCCUGGAGUUACCAAUCCGAAUACAGAGACGUCUCUUAUCAAUGGUGGCAACAAGUCUGGUCCUCGUACUAUCCACCCCCUCUAGAGCCACCCGUCAUGUCGGCCGGUUUCAUCAGCUGGUUGAUCUCCAUGUCGAUCGCUGUCACCGUUCUAGGCUGCGCCGUUUCCACCAAUCGGGUGUGGAACCUCGCCACGGAAUUGGCGAUCGGCGUGAAAGACGCUGUAUCGACGGUGAAAUUCUACGCCAACUCUUACCUCAAAAGGUUUAUAAGCAACAUCCUGCAGCAAUUGUGGUUGCCUGGCGAGCCUGUAGCGAUAGCGAGCAAGAAGAGCAACGUGCCGAACGACAGCGAGGCGAGCUCGAUAUGCGACGAGUGCCGAUCCGAGAUCUCCACGGACGCGGUAAUCAACGAUCAUCGGAGGGAGAUACUUCCCGUCUCGUACGGGACUAAUUGGAUGCCUAAGCCCAACUUCUCCGGCGGGUACAAAGAGCCGAUCAAGAAAGUGUCGAUGAAGUCUCUGCACACGGUGGCCGUGGUCAACGAUAUCCAAGACUCGGACGAUUUGUCGCCCCGUCACUCGCGAUACAAACGCGGCUGCCACACCGUCAUACCCAACAACUCGAGCGACCAGUCGAGCGGAUGUUGAGAAACGCACAUGGGUCCACCACUGACGUGAAUCGCCCUUUUCUUAUCCUAAAAGACAGUGGACACGUUACAGUCGAUUUUCCACUCAUUUUUUUUAAUGGUCGGUUCUGGGGGACGAGCUCUACGAUUUCUAUCGGAAUAUUUUUUUCAAAGAGCAAGCUACGUUGAUCGGGAAAAAAAGGGAAAGAAUCGAGUUUCUAAGAGCUCGUAAUCGAUAAAUAAUCGAUAAGGGUGGAUCGUUAGAGUAACGUGUCCGAAUCCUUUAAUAUUUUGUCGACUCGAAGGAAAGUUAGGGGAUUAAUGAUCGAGGGAAAAUUAUCGUGAUCGGGAUGAGGAUUAAGAUGUAUGAUGAUCUCGAUUCGGGAACGAAUCGAGAAAUUGAUAUUCGAUCCAAGUGAAAUCGAACGAAUUCGCGGAGAGAUUUUUCUUACGACGCGAUCGAUUCGAGGGGUACAAGCGAGAAAAAGGAAAGGGGAGAUGAUAGUGCUAACUUUUUUUUUUCCUUUCUUUAAUAUGGAGAAGAAAAAUGUAUAUAUUCGAAUGAUGCAUCGCUGUUCCAUCCUUUUGUCAGGGAAGGAAAAUUCUAAAGUUUUUCUUUAAGGUGAAUAAUCGCUAACUAUGGUGGUAGAGAUGACGUAGGUAGAAUAAUAAUGUAGAUGUAAAAGAUUAUAGAAAGUUAUUGU